AGGAGCUGCUCUCAGUCUGCGCUCCUCCACACACACACACACACACACACACACACACACACAUGUGAUGUGUUCGUGUUUCUCCCAAACAGGUCCUUCUUUUGUUCUUGUGCAUUUACAAGAUGUGUUCUUAUGGAGUCUCAGGGGUAUUUUUGACUUUUACGUUACUUUUGCAUUUUCUUUGUGUUCACUCAAUAAAUCCUCUGUUUCCAACCGCAUCCAAAGGCAUGAAAGUGUCCAAGUCUGUUCCUGCUGAUGGCCACAGAAGAGCCAAAUACGGCAAAAGUACAUUGUCAGCAUCACCGUUAUCAGGAGAGGUACAGUCACAGCGGGCGAUCAAGGAUGCGAUUGAACCUCAUGAUUACAUGAUCUCCAUCUACAAAACCUUUUCCGCGGCUGAGAAACUAGGACUGAACGCGACUUUUUUCCGCUCGUCAAAAGCAGCAAACACCAUAACGAGUUUUGUGGAUGAGGGUCAAGAUGACCUUUUGAACUCUCCACUGUGGAGACAGAAAUACUUAUUCGAUGUAUCGACUCUUUCUGAAAAUGUGGAGCUCUUGGGUGCUGAACUGAGGAUAUACACAAAGAUCUCCGGAAGCUUCCGAGCAUCUGAGACGGGCCCAGUGGAGAUACAGCUGCUCUCCUGCCAGUCGCACACCGUCCUUGAUUCCAAAACCUUGGAUCUGGAGGAUGCGCAUAAACCAAAAUGGGAGGUUUUUGACGUAUGGGAGAUUUUUAAGGAACGUCAGCAUCACUCCCACGGGACGCGCUUCUGUUUAGAGCUCAAGGCGAUGCUUGAUAAUCCUGAAAGGGAAAUCGACUUGCAAUAUCUUGGAUUUCACAGACAUGGCCGUCCGCAGCUAAAGAAAGCCAUAUUGGUUGUUUUCACAAGGUCAAAAAAGAGACAAAGCCUUUUCUAUGAAAAAAGGGAGAAGAUUAAGCUGUGGGGUUUGGAAAGUCUUGGGAAGGAGAAAGGACCUCACUCGAAGUCCCGACGGAGAAGACGGACCACUUUACCCAACCGCCAUGGCAAGAGGCAUGGCAAAAAGUCCAAAUCUAGGUGCAGCAAAAAACCCUUGCAUGUGAAUUUCAGGGAACUGGGUUGGGACGACUGGAUCAUCGCACCCUUAGACUAUGAGGCCUAUCACUGUGAGGGCAUGUGUGACUUCCCUCUCCGAUCUCACCUGGAGCCGACCAAUCACGCCAUUAUACAAACUCUCAUGAACUCCAUGAACCCCAGCAACAUGCCGCCCAGCUGUUGCGUCCCGUCCAAACUCAGUCCCAUCAGCAUCCUGUACAUCGACACAGGAAAUAACGUAGUGUACAAGCAGUAUGAGGACAUGGUGGUGGAGUCCUGCGGCUGCAGGUGAUUGUGAAGUUCAAACUAAUGAGGAAAUGUAAAUAAAUGUGUCUGACUUCCUGAUCUGUCUUCAGAACACUACUGGAAUUCCUCAGCUGAAGUGCAAAUCACAUCUGGAAAUAUGAUUUUGGACUGGAAUCGAGCACAAAAAUAUUACUACAUCACUCUUAGUUCCAUUUCACUGGCCAUUUUUACACUUAAAUUGUUUGUGUGUAAAAGACAACUUCAAUCCUACAACACAUUCCUGCUUUAAAUAGCUGUAUUUUAUGGACUGAUAUGUAAAUGAUUUUUUAAAUGUACAGGCACAAAUUUUAAUUUAUGUUCAGUUACACUAAGUUAUUUUCACAUUUAUUCAGUAAUAAUAUUUCACACAUAAAUAAGCUAUUUUAGUUAUUGUAUCUAUCUACCUCAUUGUACAAAUUAUGUUAAGCUACCGUGUAAAUGUCUUCCUUUGAGAGAUUAACCUCAUGAAAGGUUUUGUAAAUAUUUUAUAAAAAGUAUGAACCACAUUAUUCCUUCAA